AUGAAUGUCGGUCACGGUGUGACACCGUCUUCCGUGGAUGUCUUCCUGCAGUGCGAGGGAGCCUUGCUUGGUCAUCAGCCAGAUCUGGGAGCGCCUUCCAAGAGAACUGUGAACAAAUGGGCUGCCAGGUGGCGCCUGCGCUGGGGCGUGCGCCGAAAGACUUUACAGCCAGAAGGCUACAUCGAGCCGGAAGAGCUGCGAACCAAGGUCCGUGCUUUCUGGCACACACUAGCCCACGUUUCGGCCAAGUACAGCCACAAGCAGAUUGUGUUCCUUAAUCUGGACGAAACCUCGGUAGGGUUCAACAUGACUCCGCUUGCUGGCUGUGUUGCAGCAGCGUGCGUGCAGCGCGGCCUGCGGCUGCGUGCGAAAGUGAAGAAGGAGAACUUGCGCGGCGCGAUGUCCUACGUGGCAUUGAUUUGUGACUCAGCCGAGCUGCAAGGCAAGCUGCCACACUACUUGAUUGGAAGCGCCGUGAGGCUGACCAAGACAAUCAUGAAGGGCAUUGCUGCACUGCCGGCGACGCAGCUUCGCAUCCUUCGCCGGAAAUCAGCUUGGAACACUUCAGAAGUCAUGGUUGCCAUUAUCAAGGACGUCUCUAAAACGCUGCAGCCUGUGCUUGACGCAGGCAAUGUGCAGCCAGUGCUGCUCUUGGAUUGUGCUCCGGCCCACCUUCCACUGCCUGUGAUGCAGGCAGCAUCAGACUGCGGGAUCCAGCUGCUGUUCAUUCCAUCCUCGUGCACUCACAUUGCCCAACCGCUGGACAUUCGAGCCUUCGCAGGUUUCAAGAUGUAUUUGAAAAAGGUUCAUCGAGAGCUUCGCGCUGCAUCCGCAGAGGGGCUGAUAAGCCCGCUAGCUUGGAUUUGGCAUUUAACGCAGGCGCCUCGGCAGUUCUUCGCAGCUAAGAAGUGGAAGCCGUCUUUCGAGGCUGUGGGCGCUGGAGGGCCAACAGACUUGUCACGUUUGCACAAAGACUUAAAGCAACUCAUGGGAAACCCCACGAGUUUGCCAGCCGGCAGUAAGCCGACGCCGGCCGAUCUUGCUUGCUUGGAUGUUCGGCGGUGUUGCUAUCUAGAUGGCUUACAUGACGCAUUUACUGACUAA